UUGUUUGUAUAGUUACCUUUAAACUUUCAGCCUAAUACUAUAACUGUAUGGUAUAAUUGGAUUUAAAAAUUAAAAUAUUUAGAUGCCAUUGGAAUACAAAAGCGUUCAGUUUAGCAAAGGAUGCACGUUUCAAGUGUGGGAUUUUACCUGAAUUAUGAACUUGCUACAAUAUAAUCGCUCUGUAUUCAGUUUCAGGCCUAACGUUCAGUCAGCAGUGAGUACAAAGAUUCUUGGAUCAAUAACGCCAGGUUGGAAAAGGUGAAGAGAAGACUGAGAGAGAAUGGGGAACCUCCUCAGGCUUCUGUCCAGAGAUGAAACCCCAAAGUAUAAUGUUUUUGUGGACUUUGAAAAUGCUCAACCAUCAGAAGCUGAGAAAGAUACCUAUUUGGUUGUUCAGGAAGUGUUGCAGCAUACUAAGGAUAUCCUACAGGAGCUGCAAAUGUACAAGGGAGCAGGAAAUGAGAUCCGUGCAGCUAUUGCAAAUCCUUUAAAUGGAACCCAGCAGAUAAGGGCUUGGGAAUCGGUUCUUCCUCUUGUUUUUAAACUCAGGCAGUUUUAUGAAUUUUCUCAACAGUUAGGAGAAGUUGUGCCAAAGAUUCUUUGGGAUUUAUGCUCAGGACCAAUGACACCUACACAACACCUUGAAACUCAACAAGCAUUAGUCAAGCAAUUUGCUGAGAUCUUGGACUUUGUUUUGAAAUUUGAUGAUCUUAAAAUGACCAACCCUGCAAUACAGAAUGAUUUUAGCUACUACAGAAGAACCGUCAGCAGGCUUCGAUUAGCAAACCAAGACCCUGUAGAUGAAGAGCUUGAAGUACCAAAUGAAUUAGCUAAUAAAAUGUCCCUGUUCUAUGCUCAUGCCACACCCAUGUUGAAGAUGCUUAGUGAUGCAACAACACAGUUUGUAGCAGACAAUAAAGACCUUCCCAUUGAGAAUACGACAGAAACUUUAGGCACAAUGGCAAAAGUCUGCCAACGAAUGGUUGAAAAUCCUGGAUUUUAUGCAAGGUUCCAGAAUGAGGACACCAACUUGUUUGUUCUACGAGUGAUGGUUGGAGUUAUCAUACUUUAUGACCACGUUCAUCCUAUAGGAGCUUUUGCAAAGACAUCACAUGUCGAUGUACACAACAAGACAUCUGAAUGAUGAAACAACACCAAAACAAAUAAAAAGUCUUUUAGCUUGAAAUUAUUCUCAAUAUUCUGUGAUUUAUAACUUGAAAUAUAUAUAUCUUAAUAUUUGUUGUGUAAUAUGAAGUGAUUAUAAUUAAGUGAACUUUAUAAAGUCACUUGGUAUGAAGCAUGACAGACAGUACUUUAUGAAGAAUCUGUUACACCAAGUGUGGGAUACUGGGAUAGAUUUUGCACCAGAAGAAAUUGUUCUGCCUUUACCUCAUGGGUCAUCAUUGCUUGAUGGAGUUGAAUUCAUACGAGACCUUACUUAUUAACCAAUGGAGAAAGUGUUUGUUUUAUGAAAACGUCACAAUCUCCUCUAGAAACAAGUUUACUGAAGGACUUGUACUCAUUCUUUAUAAAAUGUAAUUAUACACUAUGUUUCUAUGGUUGAUGUUGCUGACUAUGAUAUUCGUAUGUAAAAAUGAUGUUUUUAAAACCUAUUUUAAUGUGUAUGAAUGUAAUUUUAGUUUCGAGUUAAGUCAGCUGCUCUGCAAGUUAAUGUUAUUUAAAACCUUGUUUUUGUGCAAGAAGUGUUUUAGAAAUUUACAUUCAGUAAUGGAAGAGUGUGAUAAGUUAGAUACUUGUUUGUAAUUAUAAUUAAUCUUUUAUUACUUAUGUUGAUAACAUGUUUUUUCAUCUUGUUAAUUAUUAAUAAUUGUAUUUUUAGUACACAGGUCAGGUAUCUAGUAAAAGUUCUCUUUGAUAGUUGUAUAAUUCCAGUCAAGAUAAUAUAUCGUUAGAAGGUUUAUCUUGCAAUAUGUAUGUGUGAAAAGUGAAUAGUUCAUUGCAUCAAGCAGAAAUAGGAGGUUUGUUAGUUUUUUUAUAAAUUUUCUCUUGGUCAGAUUACUAUUGUGUGUGUGUGUGUGUGUAUAUAUGUUCACUGUAACAUUUUAAAUCUUUAUGGUGGUAGUGUAUACACUUACUAACUCACUAGAAACAGACUGUACCUCUGUAUGAACUCAAUGUCUGUUUGAAACUCCACAUACAACAUAAUAUAUGUAUGUGUGUGUGUGUUUAUUUAUAUAUAUAUAUAUCAUUGCAUAUGAAGUUAUAGAUCCGACUAGAAUAUUUGAAUAUCCUGAAACCAAAAACAUAUAAAUCACAACUUUUGUUUAAGCCACCUACAGAAGCAUAUUAUUGUAGUAAUUUUAAUUUUCAAGGAAACUUACCACAUGAAAGAUUUUGUGGAGCCCCUAAACUACUAAAGAUGGGAGGAUACACUUCAUUUAAUCACUGUUAGUUUGGAGGCCUUGCAUCACCUAACAAAUCACAUGGAUCUCAUUGGACUGCUAAAGAACAGUCAAGGCACAAUAAUAAAUAGCUAGAAGGACUGAAUCUUUUAACAAAUAUUUUAAAAUUACUGUACAGGAAAUAAAUCUUAGUUGUAUAAGAUUUAAGGUUUGCUUGUGAUCUGAUCUCGUUUUAGAUUGAUAAAUGAUUUUUGUCUGCAAACUCAUCUUAAUUUAAAUAGUUUCACUGCAUAAUCUGUAAUGUUCAAAUUAUUUCAGUUGAGUGAAACAGUAUAAUUAUCAUGUGCAGAUGUUAUUGUGUACCUAGAACAACGAUUACAAAAAAAAGGAUGAAUACAUUUUUGAAAAUGUCUUUUCAAAUAUCUAUAUGCUAGUACUGUCUUGCUUCAAAUUUCACACAGUGCAUUAAGUAAUUUAUCUCUCUAAAUGUUUGCUUAUCUUUAAUCUAACAGUAAAUAUCCCUGUUCAUUAAAUCACUUGUGAUCCUGAAAUGUAAUCAAACACAAAAUUUAUAUUUUUAGUUAUGCUGAAAGUUUUCUUUGCUACAUAAAAUCUGAACUGAAAGUUUAACACUUUAUGGUAGAUAGCACUUCCUUUGCAAUCUAAUCCACUAAAUAUUUUAAUCAAAAUUUGUUACAUUUCUGAAGGGUAGGGUUAAAAAUUAUUGGCAAACUUAUUUUAUGUUUUAGAUUUAGUUUGUUAAAUAAAAUGCAUUUAGUUAUAAAUUUGAGGGGGGGGGGUUCAAAAAAUGGAAAACUUAUCCAAAAAAGGAUUAAUAAAAUCUUAAGGGCAGAACCAAUUUAUUUGGACAAUGAAGCAGCAAGGUGGUGGGAAAAUUUUAUUUGGAGCAUUACAUCAUUCCUCAAUAAGAGCUGUCUCCAAUUUUGUCUGGAAUGUCAGAGUGAGAAAAUGAUGUAGUUUUAAGAAUACAGCAUAAUAGUUUGAUGAGGUUAAGUGUGCAUAACAUGGCAGAUGACUUUGGGUUUCCUCUUGCUUGGCAUUCUAGUUCUGGAACAACACUUGUCAGAUAGGUACAUUGUCAUAUUUCAAGUUGGGUGAAAGUGUUCGUCAGAGAGUUAAUCUGAUUUCGAAGAAUGAUUUUAUAAUGGUAGGUCAUCAUCCUGCCUUUUAGGGAAGCAAUUGGACCAAGCAUGUUUCAAUAGGUUUGAUCCAACUCAUAAUGGGACUGCCUGCAUCUGUAAAGUUGGUUGGAAACAAGUACCUAUGCAAGUUCUGUCUUUUGUAAUAUCUCCACAACUAUAUGCACCAAAACUUGGCCACGUAAUGUGGUCAAAAAAGGUCAAUGUUGAUACAUUUGACCAGGUCAUUUUUUAUCAUAUCCCUUGAAUCCCCAGUUUGUGAUCUUUACAGCUCUGCAUUUGUAAAUAUGUCUGUUGCAGUACUGAAUUGUUUGUGUGUGUAGUUGUUCUACUCUGACAUCCACGAUAUCUUAGGUUGCUUGUACUUAACUUUAAAUUUUGAGUAUACUUUGGCAAAGUGUUUUCUUUCACAGUGUAGGUAAAAGUGCAGUAUUCCUGAUCACUCAUGACAGUUUUAUUGCUCCUUAGACAUGAUUUAUUUAGAAUUGUAUUCAAUACUGAAAUAACUUCACAGAUAAGCUCAUACUGCAUUUCCUUUUCUGAAGAAUGCUAGAUUCUUAGAUGUGAUAUCUGGAGAGUAAGGGUAAUAACAAAAAUGAAUAGCUCACACAUGCUACAUUUUAGGAACCUGGGAAUGAGGUUGAAUGCGACUUGUAUGUUCAAUGCAUCAGGUCAUUAAAAGUUAAGAGCUGGAAAUUUUGUCCAUGGUGUCUUUUCCUUGUCCACUUUGCUGCUUUCAGUUAUGGAACUCUUUCAGGUGGUGGCCUUUGUGUGAACAUUCCUCCUAUUGUGUUGGGGAAAUGACUCCUUCACCUUCUACCAUUAUUUUGUUACUUUACAAUUUAAUGACACUCCUUUCAAUGUCUGUCCGUUUAUAGAGAAUGGUUCAGAUGCCCAAUGACACCGAGGCUAUAGCUGUUAUGAUUAUAUAAGAUUUUUCAAAAAAAUUAGAGUUGUAAACCCUAUUGGUAAACUGGUUUUAUUUGUUUAUAGACUUUAUGCACUAAAGUUAUUUAAAGUUAAUUUGUUGUUAUUAUGAAAAGCUUGUAAAGUGUAAAUUUUAUUAAGAAAAUUUUGUUUUGUUUGCUCUAAGGAUUGAAUUGUUGAUUAAAAGCUCAUAUAAGUUUAAUUGGUGAAAGUUGGUUAUAAGUAUUUUGAGAACUUUCAAACAUGAAGAACAAUUGAUGUUAUAUUGUGUUCAUUUCUAAGCAAUCGCACAUGAGGUAAAAGCUAGUUAACCGAUGUUACAGUAAUAUUAGUUGAUAGGUUUGAUGGUAUUUAGUGAUACAGUGCUGAGAGUGCUGUGAACAACACGUGUUACAACAUGAGCUUUUUUUUGUUAAGAGGAUGUUCCUCAUUUGUGUAAGCAUAUCUGCUGCAUACUUUUUUGGAUUGAUACUGAUAUUAAAUGAAAAACAAAUAUGGGUUAACUGGCUCACUUUGUUAAUAAACUUCUAUAUUUA